AUGGCGGACCAAAAUAUUUCUCAGUAUAAGUACUCGGCGAUGUCCAACCUGGUUCUCCAGGCGGACCGUCGUUUUAUCAGCCGAACCAAUGAUGAGGCCACCGGAGACCCUGAGUCUCUGGCAGGUCGCAUUGGUAUUCGAGAAAUGGGCUCACGCAUAGCACGCGAAGAUGCGCCCAAGUCGAAAAAGAAAACCGUCUCUACAGAUAUUGAGCGGGGUGCAAUUGAUGAGGGUGAAGAUGUCUUAUCUCGUGAACAGAAAAAGCGCCGUGGUCAACCAGCACAAUUCCGUGGCCAAGGUAUCCUCUCAGCCGCCGAUGCCCUCGUUGAAGGCUUGAAAUACCGCCCUCGAACACCCGCGACUCGGGCGACCUACGAUCUUAUUUUGACAAUUACCGGAAGCCAUUUGGGUGAUGUGCCCCACGAAGUCGUUCGAAGUGCCGCCGACGCCGUUUUGGAAUACCUUAAAGACGAAGAUAUGAAGGAUUUCGAUAAGAAAAAAGAAGUUGACGACCUUCUGGGAAGCUCGAUGAACCCCAAAGAGUUCAAUGAGCUGGUGAAUCUCGGCAAGAAAAUCACAGACUACGACGCACAAGACGAGGACGAGGAUAUGGAUGGUGGUUUCGAUGAUGCCGACGCUGAACUUGAUGAACGCCAAGGUGUUGCUGUUGUUUUUGACGAGGAAGAUGAAGAUGACGAGCGAAUGGGCACUAUGGACGAAAUCCGAGACGAGGACAGCGACGAAGAUGAAGCAGAUGAGCAAGAUCAACCCGAUGCCGAUGAUUCAGCUGUUCAACAAGCGGAUGGAGAUGAAAUGGUCAUCGACGGCGGCCUCGAUCGCGAUAAUAAAGCUGGCGAUAAAGCCGGACUCAAGAUUCCUGCUCACGAGAUCGACGCUUACUGGUUGCAACGGCAAAUCGGUGCGUUGUACUCAGAUGCCCAUAUCCAACAAGAAAAGACACAAGAAGCCCUCGAUAUUCUUGGUGGCCAAACAGAAGAUGGCUCUGAACGGCCUCUCCGUGAUGUUGAGAAUGACCUGAUGGAGCUUUUCGACUACGAGCAUGCCGAUAUUGUUGCAAAGCUAGUGACAAAUCGUGAUAAGGUCAAUUGGGUUACGCGCUGGAAGCAGGUUGCUGAAGAUGCUGAUGCUCGUAACCUCGUGGAAAGUCAAAUGGUUGAGGCUGGUCAUCGCUCUAUCUUGGACGAAAUUCGCGGAAAGACCGCUGGUGAUGAGCUUGCCGAUCGCCCGGAGAAGAAGAUGAAGCUGGAUUUGAUGGAUGUUGAUGUACCUUCAGCCCCACAGCAAGACGAGAAGCCUACAACGGAAGGCGGAUUAAUUGGUGGUCUGCAGCCCAAGAAGCUCAUUAACCUCGAGAAUCUUGUUUUCCACCAAGGAAAUCACCUUAUGACCAACCCUAAUGUUAAGCUUCCCCAAGGCUCCACAAAGCGCACCUUCAAGGGAUAUGAGGAGAUCCAUGUACCCCCACCCAAAGCCAAGAGAGAGCCGGGAGAGAAGAACAUCCCCACUACAGAGCUCCCUGAUUGGGCUCGUGUUGGAUUUGGAAGCUCCAAGGAGCUUAACCGGGUGCAGACCAAAUGUUACCCCUCAGCUUUCCACGAUGAUGGCAACAUGCUUGUCUGUGCUCCUACCGGUUCUGGAAAAACCAACGUUGCUAUGCUCACCAUCCUACGAGAAAUCGGCAAACACCGCAAUCCUGAAACCGGCGAAAUCAUGCUCGACGAUUUUAAGAUUGUAUACAUCUCUCCUCUUAAGGCCUUGGUUCAAGAGCAAGUUGGAAAUCUUGGCAAGCGUCUUGAGCCCUACGGAAUUCGGGUUUCUGAGCUUACUGGUGAUCGUCAACUCACCAAGCAGCAGAUUGCCGACACUCAGAUUAUUGUCACUACUCCUGAGAAGUUCGAUGUAAUCACCAGAAAAGCAUCGGAAACUAGUUACACCAACCUUGUUCGACUGAUAGUUAUCGACGAAAUCCAUCUCCUCCAUGAUGAUCGUGGACCUGUGCUCGAGAGCAUUGUCAGUCGCACUAUUCGCCGUGUUGAGCAGACUGGUGACCCCGUGCGAAUUGUUGGUCUCAGUGCUACCCUUCCAAAUUACCGCGAUGUUGGAAACUUCCUUCGGGCUGAUCCAGAGAAGAGUGUAUUCCAUUUCGAUGGUUCCUACCGUCCUUGCCCUCUCAAGCAAGAGUUCAUUGGUGUUACAGAUAAGAAGGCCAUUAAGCAACUCAAGACUAUGAAUGACAUUUGUUACAACAAGGUCUUGGAACAAGUUGGUCAGAAUCGAAACCAGAUGCUUAUUUUCGUCCACUCAAGAAAAGAAACAGCAAAAACGGCCAAAUAUAUCAGAGACAAGGCCGUUGAAAUGGAAACCAUUGGCCAAAUCCUCCGAAGCGACGCCGCAAGCCGUGCUAUUCUGUCUGAAGAGGCCGAGUCUGUUGAUGACGCUUCCCUAAAGGACCUUUUGCCAUACGGUCUGGGUAUCCACCAUGCUGGUUUGAGUCUUGCCGAUCGUGACUCUGUCCAGGCGCUUUUUGCUGAUGGCAGUAUCCAAGUUCUCGUUUGUACUGCAACCCUUGCUUGGGGUGUCAACUUGCCAGCGCACACUGUCAUCAUCAAGGGAACUCAGGUCUACUCGCCUGAAAAGGGUAGCUGGGUCGAGUUGAGCCCUCAAGACGUUCUUCAGAUGCUCGGACGUGCUGGCCGACCUCAGUAUGAUACUUUUGGCGAGGGUAUUAUCAUUACCUCACAAGCAGAAAUCCAGUAUUACCUAUCCCUGUUGAACAUGCAAUUGCCGAUCGAGUCUCAGCUUGUCAGCAAGCUUGCGGACAAUCUGAACGCAGAAAUUGUCCUGGGAAAUGUUCGUACCCGCGAUGAAGGUGUGGAAUGGCUAGGCUACAGUUAUCUUUACGUCAGGAUGCUGCGAUCCCCAGGCCUGUAUAGCGUCGGUGCGGAUUACGAAAAUGACGACGCUCUGGAGCAGAAGCGUGUCGACCUCAUUCAUUCCGCUGCCGCCGUGCUCGAGCGAGCUGGAUUGGUCAAGUAUGAGAAGAAAACUGGGCGACUCCAAUCAACUGAACUGGGCCGGAUUUCUUCUCAUUACUAUAUUGGCCACAAUUCCAUGCUCACCUAUUCUCAGCAUCUUCAACCAUCUAUCACCACGAUUGAGCUCUUCCGUAUUUUCGCACUGAGCGAUGAAUUCAAGUAUAUUCCGGUACGUCAAGAUGAGAAGCUGGAGCUUGGCAAGCUUUUGGGGCGAGUCCCCGUGCCUGUCAAAGAGACGAUUGAUGAACCCCACGCAAAGAUCAAUGUCCUGCUUCAGGCUUACAUCUCCCGACUGAAGCUCGAUGGGUUGGCCUUGAUGGCUGACAUGGUUUACGUCACCCAAUCCGCUGGUCGUAUCAUUCGUGCCAUCUUCGAGAUUUGCCUGAAAAAGGGUUGGUCUGGCGUAGCGAAGACCGCACUUGACCUUUGCAAAAUGGCCGAGAAGCGAAUGUGGCCAACAAUGUCUCCUCUGCGUCAGUUCCCUGGUUGUCCAAGGGACAUCCUGCAAAAGGCUGAGCGUAUUGACGUGCCGUGGCCCAGGUAUUUUGACUUGGAUCCGCCACGCAUGGGUGAGCUUCUUGGUAUGCCCAAGGCUGGCCGUGUUGUUUGCGAUCUUGUUUCCAAAUUUCCUCGGCUUGAAGUUCAAGCUCAGGUGCAACCUAUCACUCGCUCAUUGCUUCGCGUCGAGCUGACCCUUUCCCCUAACUUUGUUUGGGAUGAUGCCAUCCAUGGCAACGCUCAAGACUUUUGGAUCCUGGUCGAAGACUGCGAUGGCGAAGAAAUUUUAUACCAUGAUCGCUUCCUGCUUCGACGUGAAUUUGCUCAAGCUGAGAUGAAUGAGCAUCUUAUUGAGUUCACCGUCCCGAUUACUGAGCCGAUGCCUCCCAACUACUUUAUCUCUCUGGUCUCUGAUCGUUGGAUGCAUUCUGAGACGAAGAUUGCCGUGUCUUUCCAGAAGCUUGUCCUGCCAGAGCGUUUCCCCCCUCACACACCUUUGCUUGAUAUGCAGCGUGCGCCUGUCAAAGCUCUGAAGCGCGAGGAGUACCAGAAGCUUUAUCCCAACUGGGAACACUUCAACAAGAUCCAAACACAGGUUUUCAAGUCCGUCUUUGAUUCAGACGACAAUGUCUUCAUUGGUGCUCCAACGGGCAGUGGAAAGACCGUCUGUGCCGAGUUAGCCCUACUUCGCCAUUGGUCAACCGAAAACAGUGGUAGGGCAGUCUAUGUAGCUCCUUUCCAAGAGCUCGUAGAUUUACGCCUCGCUGACUGGGAGAAGCGAUUGGGUGGCCUUGCUAGUGGCAAAACAAUUGUCAAGCUUACUGGCGAGACGACUGCUGAUCUCAAACUUCUUGAGCGCGCUGACCUGGUUCUUGCUACCCCUGUCCAGUGGGACGUGCUUUCUCGCCAAUGGCAGAGACGCAAGAAUGUUCAGACUGUGCAGUUGUUCAUUGCUGAUGAACUUCACAUGCUCGGUGGCUAUGGUGGCUACGUCUAUGAAGUUGUUGUUUCUCGUAUGCACUACGUCGCUCUACAGACUGAAAACGACAUGCGCAUUGUUGGAUUGAGUGUGCCGCUUGCCAAUGCUCGUGAUAUUGGAGAGUGGAUCGGAGCCAAUAAGCACACUAUCUACAACUUCAGCCCGAAUGCUCGGCCAGUUCCCCUGGAGCUUCACAUCCAGUCAUUCACCAUCCCUCAUUUCCCGUCCCUGAUGCUUGCGAUGUCACGCCCAGCUUAUCAGUCCAUCCUUCAGCUGUCUCCUGACAAGCCCGCUUUAGUUUUUGUGCCUAGUCGCAAGCAGACUCGAUCCACUGCCAUAGAUCUGCUAGCGGCUUGCGGUAUCGAUGGUGAUGAGGACCGCUUCCUGAACGCCGAUGUUGAAGAGUUAGCACCCCUCCUUAGCCGGGUCCAAGAGCAGACUCUUGCUACAUCCCUAUCUCACGGUAUUGGGUAUUACCACGAGGCAUUGAGCCCCACUGAUAAGCGCAUCGUCUCGCAUCUAUUCAGCAUUGGUGCUAUCCAGGUUCUAUUGGCCUCGCGUGAAGUUUGCUGGGAGUUGGACCUGACUGCCCAUCUGGUUAUUGUUAUGAACACACAAUUCUUUGAUGGACGUGAACAUCGUUACAUUGAUUACCCCAUCAGUGACAUUCUCCAGAUGUUUGGCAAGGCCUCUCGGCCAGGACAGGAUAAGAUCGGACGUGGUGUCUUGAUGGUGCCUGCUGUCAAACGUGACUACUACAAGAAGUUCCUUAGUGAGGCUCUGCCAGUGGAAAGUCAUCUCCAGGUCUAUCUGCACGAUGCCUUUGUCACCGAGGCCAGCACCAAGACCGUCGCCUCGACCCAGGAUGCUGUGGAUUGGAUGACCUACACUUAUUUCUACCGCCGUCUGCUUGCAAACCCCAGCUUCUAUGGCCUCAGUGAUGUUAGCCACGAAGGACUCAGCACUUUCUUGUCUGAAUUGGUUGAGAACACACUAAAGGAGCUGUCCGAGGCCAAGAUCAUUGACCUGGACGAAGAAGAUGAUACAGUGUCUCCCCUGAACGCCGCGAUGAUCAGCGCUUACUACAACAUCUCCUUCAUCACCAUGCAGACUUUCUUGCUGUCGCUUUCGGCCCGUACCAAGCUAAAGGGUAUUCUGGAGAUUGUUACAUCAGCCACCGAGUUUGAGUCUAUCCAGAUGCGUCGCCACGAGGACCACAUUCUCCGCCGUGUCUACGAUCGUGUGCCAGUCAAGAUGUCGCAGGCCGCUUUUGACUCCCCUCACUUCAAGGCAUUUGUCCUGCUCCAGGCUCACUUCUCCCGCAUGCAGUUGCCAAUUGAUCUUGCCAAGGACCAGGAGGACAUUAUUCGCAAGGUUCUCAACUUGCUCAGUGCAUGUGUGGAUGUCCUUUCCUCUGAAGGCCAUAUCAAUGCUAUGAACGCCAUGGAAUUGUCACAGAUGGUUGUCCAAGCCAUGUGGGACCGUGAUAGUCCACUCAAGCAGAUUCCUCAUUUCUCGCCCGAGGCUAUUGAGGUGGCUAAGGAAUACAAGUAUGUUUAUCCAAAUGUUUUGACUACCCACGCACUUACUAACGUUUCUUGUCUACGCAGUAUCAAUGAUAUCUUUGAAUUCAUGGAAGCUAUGGACCCCUCGGAAAACAAGGACUACGGUACUCUUGUCAAGCGUUUGGGAAUGAACAACAAGCAAUUGGCCCAGGCGGCUGCUUUCACCAACGAGAAAUACCCCAACAUUGAACUGGACUUCGAGGUUGAGGACCCCGAGAGCAUUACAUCUGGUGAUCCUGCCUACCUGAAGGUGAAGAUUGAACGGGAGGUUGAGGAAGAUGAAGAGCCCGACACUGUCGUCCACUCGCCCUUCUACCCUAGCCAGAAGAUGGAGAACUGGUGGCUUGUGGUUGGCGAUGAGAAGACCAAGAACUUGCUGGCGAUCAAGCGUGUUACCAUUGGUCGUAAGCUCGAGCUUCGUCUGGAAUAUGUUGUGCCCACACCUGGCACGCAUGAUCUAACGCUUUACCUGAUGAGUGAUAGUUAUGUCGGUGUGGAUCAGGCCCCCACAUUCUCCGUGACUGCAGCUGAAGGAAUGGACGAGGACGAGAGCGAGGAAGAGGAGGAGGAAUAA